AUGAUGACAUGUUUUCCUGCGCUCAUGUAUUACUUUUGGGUGUGUCUCGAGUAUCAUCAGGGCAAAUUGCUUGUUCCUAGCCAGUGGACCAUCGAAGCAUUGACGGAUUUUUUCUGGCAUGAUAUUUGGGCGAAAAUUCAAGUCGGCGCCUAUCCCACGACGGCGGCGGUGAAAAUCUACAUGGGCUAUGUCACGCUCUCGUUUAUUCUCGCCUACAUCAUGCCAGGUCCCAUCGUGGAAGGAUUACCGAUUCCAUCACUCAAAGGCAAAAAGCUCAAGUAUCUGUGCAAUGGAUUGUCUUCGUGGUAUUUCACCUUGGCUUUGUCGGCCGUAUUGCAUGUUACGGGCGUGUUCCGCUUGACCUCCAUCAUUGAUAAUUUUGCUGGUAUCAUGACCGUCGCCAUUAUUUGGGGUUUUACCAUGUCGGCGUUGGUUUACCUCUACAGCAAUCUUACCGGUCAAAAUCAUCGCAUGUCAGGCAACUUUUUUUACGAUUUCUUCAUGGGUGCGCCUCUGAAUCCGCGUAUCGGACACGUUGAUUUGAAAAUGUGGGCCGAAAUUCGUGUGCCUUGGCCCGUUUUGUUUUACAUUUCGCUGUCAUGUGCUUUGAAGCAGUGGGAAACCCGAGGUACCGUCACCCCGCCUGUGGCCUUUAUGGUAUUGGCCCAUUUCCUAUACGUCAACGCGUGUCAGAAAGGAGAAGAAUGCAUCCCGCCCUCCUGGGACAUAUUUUAUGAAAAGGACGGUUUCAUGUUGAUUUUCUGGAACAUGGCGGGGGUGCCCUUCACGUACUGCUAUUCUUCCAUCUACCUCAUGAAAUACGAAUUAUUGACCGGCACGGCGAUCCUUCAUUCAAUGCCGUAUACCGUCUUUUUAUUUGCACUUCUCCUGACGGGAUACUACAUUUUUGACACCGGUAAUUCGCAAAAGAACCGCUUCCGCAUGGAACAGAAUGGCAUUUUUUUCACGCGCAAUGCGUUCCCGCAGUUGCCGUGGGGUCACUUGAAGAACCCUUCGUACAUCAAAACGAAGCAUGGUAACCUUUUGCUGACAUCCGGAUGGUGGGGGAUCGCGCGUAAACCGCAUUAUACGGCGGACUUGAUGAUGGCAAUUUCCUGGGGUCUUAUCACCGGCUUUGGUUCGUUUUUACCCUACUUUUACUUUUGCUUCUUUGUUUGCGUUUUGACCCAUCGCGUGUCCCGCGACAUGGAACGCUGUGCCUCCAAAUACGGUGACGAUUGGGUCCUGUACUGUCAAAAAGUCCCCUAUAUUUUUAUACCUUUUAUUUACUAA